AUGUCAAUGAAACAAAUCAUGGUGAUAGCAGUGGACGAUAGUGCGCCUAGUAUGUACGCAUUGGAAUGGACACUGGAUCAUUUCUUUACACCAUUCGGAUCCCUCCAACCUUUUCAACUCAUUGCUGUUCAUGCCCGACCCGUACCCAUUUCCGUUAUUCAACUUGCCGGUCCAGCAACUGCGGAGAUUAUACCCAUGAUGGAGAUCGAUUUAAAGAAGGCAGCCGGAAGGAUCACAGAGAAAGUCAAGGAAUUAUGCAAGAAAAAAUCAGUGAAUGAAGUGAAUGUGGAAGUAAUGGAAGGUGAUCCAAGGGAUGUGUUAUGUGAAGCUGUUGACAAGCACCAUGCAACUAUUCUGGUACUAGGAAGCCAUGGUUAUGGCAUUGUGAAGAGGGCUGUUUUGGGAAGCGUAAGUGAUUACUGUGCUCACCAUGCUCAUUGUUCUGUAAUGAUUGUGAAGAAGCCUAAGAACAAGGAGUGAUCAGCUGGUUUUUGUCAUCAGUAUAAGGCCAGUAGUGAUUUUGAUGGGGGGUUUUACACCUUUUUUAUAUUUUCAUUUUAGAUUUUGGAACAUUGUUCAAAAUAAUUAUUUAUUAUUAUUUACUUUUUUUUUUUGAGUAAUUCAACAAUUUUAUGAAUUUAACAAAAGUUUUA